AAAUGAGCCACGCCCAACGAAACCCCGCCCAUUUUAUUGCAUAUACAAAAUGAAUGGUAGUGAGAAUUAUGAAGAAGAGGCUGAAAAUUUCGUUGAAGAGUAUGAUCUGCUGGACAAGCAGCUAGACUCUCUGGACUCUGCCCUGACUGUGUUGGAGGAGAGAAGAGAUCACCUUCAUGAAGAGAUUAAGAAAUUAGUGGAAGAAGCCAAAGAGGCUAGACUAGAGCAAGAGAAGGAGCAAGGAAAGGCUAGUGAAGAGUCUGAAUCUAAGCCAAAAGACUCAUAACAGAAUAGCAGAGCUUAAUAAUUGAUCUAUUAUACCUACUGUGUGUGUCAAGUGUACAAAUUCAUUGUCAGAUUUGUAGUCUAUUCAUAUUUGGUGCAU